GAAAUGGCAAAAACACAGCAUCCAGUGAAGGCUGUAGGAUGGGCUGCCAGAGACCCAUCUGGAGUGCUCUCUCCAUUUAAGUUUUCAAGAAGGGCUACUGGUGAGCAUGAUAUUCAAUUCAAAGUGUUGUAUUGUGGAAUCUGUCAUGCGGAUCUUCAUUUCUGCAAGAAUGAAUGGGGCUUCUCCCAGUACCCCAUGGUGCCAGGGCAUGAAAUUGUGGGUGUAGCAAUUGAAGUUGGUAGUAAGGUUGAGAAAGUCAAGGUUGGGGACAAGGUUGGUGUCGGUUGCCUAGUAGGAUCAUGUCGCGGCUGUGAUAUGUGUUCCCAAGAUCUUGAGAACUACUGCCCGAAACACAUACUAACAUACAGCGCCAUUGACACGGAUGGAACACUCACGCAAGGAGGCUAUUCUAAUAUCAUGGUUGCUGAUGAGCACUUUGUUGUUCGCUGGCCGGAGAAUCUGCCGAUGGAUAUCGGUGCACCCCUCCUAUGUGCUGGGAUCACUACUUAUAGCCCAUUGAGAUAUUUUGGACUCGAUAAACCUGGCGUACAUGUCGGCAUUGUUGGCUUGGGCGGGCUUGGGCAUGUUGGCGUGAAAUUCGCGAAGGCUUUUGGGGCAAAGGUGACUGUGAUCAGUACCUCCGAGGGUAAAAGGCAGGAAGCCAUAGGAAAACUUGGUGCAGAUGGUUUCUUAAACAGCCGUGAUCCUGAGCAGCUGCAGGCUGCGGCAGGUACCAUGGAUGGUAUUAUAGAUACUGUUUCUGCUGUUCACCCCAUUGUCCCACUGAUCAAUUUGUUGAAGCCUCAUGGGAAGAUUGUCAUGGUUGGGGUACCCGAAAAACCACUUGAAUUUGGCACAAUUCCCCUUAUAGCGGGCAGGAAGACCAUUUCUGGGAGUGCCGUCGGUGGCUUAAAGGAAACUCAAGAAAUGAUCGAUUUUGCGGCAAAGCACAAUAUCUUACCAGAUGUGGAGAUCGUCCCGGUGGACUAUGUCAACACCGCAAUGGAGCGCCUGCUGAAAGCUGAUGUCAAGUACCGAUUCGUGAUUGACAUUGGAAACACAUUGAAAUCUGAUUAAAUUGUGCAGUCCAUGCUCUUGAAAAUCUAGCUUAUACAAGAAAAGACCUAAAAAUAUUCUUUUUUCCGAAACGAUAUUAGUAAUAUAUUGAUCAUCAACUAAACUUUACAUUAUUCUUUCCUAAAAAUAUUUUUUCCCUAUUAGAAUUUUUGCCCAACUGUUAUGGGAUUGGAUAUUUACUAGUAAUGAAAUAUACUACCAUCUGUAGUGAGUAGUUUCAUACUUGUAGUCUCAAUUGUAACAACCUUUGUUGUUGCCGUCUUUCA